AUGGCUACCCAACGUGAGGAGGACAUCAAGAUGAUGCUGGCCGCUCAGGUCCACAUCGGCACGCGCAAUGCCGACUCCAAGAUGGCGGACUACAUCUGGCGUCGUCGUAACGACGGUAUCCACAUCAUCAACGUCGGCAAGACGUGGGAGAAGCUCAUGCUCGCCGCCCGUGUGAUUGUCGCCGUGGAGAACCCGGAGGACGUGAUCGCCAUCUCGGCCCGCCCCUACGGCCAGCGCGCUGUGCUCAAGUUCGCCCAGCACACUGGUUGCCAGGCCAUUGCCAGCCGCUUCACCCCCGGUACGUUCACGAACCAGAUCACCAAGCAGUUCCGCGAGCCGCGUCUGCUCCUCAUCACGGACCCGCGUACCGACUCGCAGGCCGUGCGUGAGUCGUCGUUCGUUAACGUUCCCGUGAUUGCCUUCUGUGACUCGGACUCGCCUCUGCAGUUCGUUGACGUGGCCAUCCCGGCCAACAACAAGGGCAAGCUGUCCAUCGGUCUGCUCUACUGGCUGCUCGCCCGUGAGGUGCUGCGUCUGCGUGGCACGAUCUCGCGUACUCUGCCCUGGGACGUCGCUGUGGACCUGUUCCUGUACCGCGACCCUGAGGAGCUCAAGAAGGCUGAGGAGGCUCAGGCCACCGCUGCCGAGGAGGCCCAGACCCGCGCUGGCUGGGGUGACGCCACCCCGCAGACCCCUGCGGAGCCCGCCUUGUACGCUGCUGAGCCUGCUGCCCCCGCCGCCCCCAACGCGGAGUGGACUGCCACUGGCAACUCCGAGUGGUCGGGUGAGGCUGGCGCUGCUUCCAACUGGGACGCCGCCGCCCCUGCUGCUGCUACCAGCGGCUGGGACUAA